CUGCAUCCGGGGCACAGCUCUACCCAUUGUCUGGGUUCCCGGGCCCGGCGCCGGCGGGGCUUGCGGUGUUGCCGCCGCUGCCGGGGCCUGGACCGUGCCCCCGCCGCCCGGGCCGCCGCCGGCUCCAUGGACCGCAGCUCGAAGAGGCGGCAAGUGAAGCCCUUGGCAGCUUCGCUGCUGGAAGCUUUAGAUUAUGAUAGCUCAGAUGACAGUGACUUUAAAGUGGGCGAUGCCUCAGAUUCUGAAGGAAGUGGUCAUGGGAGUGAAGAUGCAUCAAAGGACAGUGGUGAAGGUUCCUGUACUGAAUCAGAAGAAAAUAUUUUGGAGGAAGUAGCAGCAGAACAAGAGAAGGUAGAAGAACAGCCCAAAAGCUCUGCUGGAGAAGAGACACCAGCAACAGAGAAAGAGGUGAUUAAGACAGAAAAGAAAGAUCAGGAGGAAGAGGAUGAGAAGCCAAAAAAGAAAAAAGAGAAAGAGAGAGCCACUGAAUCUGAUGCUGUUGCUGAUGAGCAAUCAAAUGAGCCAAAAAAGUGGAAUUUGCGCCGCAAUCGACCUCUUCUAGAUUUUGUAUCAAUGGAAGAACUAAAUGAUAUGGAUGAUUAUGACAGUGAGGAUGACAAUGACUGGCGGCCUACUGCUGAAAAGAAGAAAGGAAAAAAUGCAUUGCGAAAGGAGGGAAGUGAUGGAGAUAAUGAGGAUGAUGAAGACGAUGGAAGUGGAAGUGAUGAUGAUGACAAUGAUGAGGAGGGCAAUGAGGAUGAUAACAGCAGCACUGCUAGCGAUGGUGCAUCCAAGAAGAAGAAAAAUAAAGUUCUUAACAGGAGUAAUGCUGAUGAUGAGGAGCUGACAAAUGAUAGCCUGGCUCUUUCACAAAGCAAGAGUAAUGAGGACUCACUGAUUCUUGAGAAGUCUCAGAACUGGAGUUCUCAGAAAAUGGACCAUAUUCUGAUUUGCUGUGUUUGUCUUGGGGAUAACAGUGAAGAUGCUGAUGAAAUAAUCCAGUGUGACAAUUGCGGAAUAACAGUGCAUGAAGGUUGCUAUGGAGUUGAUGGAGAGAGUGACUCUAUUAUGAGUUCAGCUUCAGAAAACUCCACUGAACCUUGGUUUUGUGAUGCCUGUAAAUGUGGUGUCACACCUAGCUGUGAACUAUGUCCUAACCAAGAUGGAAUCUUCAAGGAGACUGAUGCUGGCAGGUGGGUCCAUAUCGUUUGUGCCCUCUAUGUUCCAGGAGUGGCAUUUGGAGACAUUGACAAACUGCGGCCAGUAACACUGACAGAAAUGAACUAUUCUAAAUAUGGUGCCAAGGAAUGCAGUUUCUGUGAAGAUCCUCGCUUUGCCAGAACUGGUGUUUGUAUUAGUUGUGAUGCUGGGAUGUGUAGAGCUUAUUUUCAUGUGACUUGUGCUCAGAAGGAAGGAUUGUUGUCAGAAGCAGCAGCAGAGGAGGAUAUAGCAGAUCCUUUUUUUGCUUAUUGUAAACAGCAUGCAGACAGGCUAGACAGAAAAUGGAAACGGAAGAACUAUUUGGCUUUACAGUCUUAUUGUAAAAUGUCCUUACAGGAAAGAGAGAAACAGCUCUCGCCAGAAGCACAGGCUCGAAUCAAUGCUAGACUACAGCAGUAUCGUGCUAAGGCAGAACUGGCUCGCACCACGAGGCCUCAGGCUUGGGUUCCAAGGGAGAAGCUGCCACGACCGCUCACUAGCAGCGCUUCGGCCAUACGUAAACUGAUGCGUAAAGCUGAAUUAAUGGGCAUCAGUACAGACAUUUUUCCUGUGGACACUUCAGAUACCAGUUCCAGUGUGGAUGGAAGGAGGAAACAUAAGCAGCCAGCUCUCACUGCUGAUUUUGUGAAUUAUUAUCUUGAGCGAAAUAUGCGCAUGAUUCAGAUCCAGGAAAAUAUGACCGAACAAAAGAAUAUUAAGGAUAAAUUGGAAAAUGAGCAAGAAAAACUUCAUGUGGAAUAUAAUAAGCUGUGCGAGUCUUUGGAAGAACUACAAAAUGUGAAUGGAAAGCUACGAAAUGAAGGACAAGGAAUCUGGGCUCUAUUGGGUAGAAUCAUUGGCCAGAAAUUGAACAUACCAGCAAUUUUGCGAGCACCCAAGGAGAGGAAACCAAGUAAAAAAGAAGGAGGAACACAAAAGGCAUCUGCACUUCCAGCAGUUCUUUAUAGUUGUGGAAUUUGCAAGAAGAAUCAUGAUCAACAUCUCCUGUUACUGUGCGAUACUUGUAAACUCCAUUACCAUCUUGGUUGCCUGGACCCUCCUCUUACAAGGAUGCCAAGGAAGACCAAGAACAGUUAUUGGCAGUGCUCCGAGUGUGACCAGGCAGGUAGCAGUGACAUGGAAGCAGAUAUUGCCAUGGAAACCUUACCAGAUGGGACCAAGAGAUCAAGGAGACAGAUUAAAGAACCAGUAAAAUUUGUUCCACAGGAUGUGCCACCAGAACCGAAAAAAAUCCCAAUAAGAAAUACGAGAACUAGAGGACGGAAAAGAAGCUUUGUUCCUGAAGAAGAAAAACCUGAGGAACGUAUUCCUAGAGAAAGAAGGCAAAGGCAGUCUGUUCUACAAAAGAAGCCCAAAUCAGAGGAUUUAAGAACUGAAUGUGCUACAUGCAAGGGGACUGGAGACAAUGAAAACCUAGUGAGAUACCCUUCAUGAGACACCACUCUGCCACAACUCAUCCUCAGAAGCAAUCCUGGAAACCUCUUUAAUAAAUGUGAUUUUUAAAAUGUGGAUAAAAUCCUCAAUAGAGUACAUAAAGUAAAGGAAAACAGCUAUCUUGUCUUUUCCAUAAGCUUAUUAUGACAAAAAGUUGAGUUUGCUUGUCAGGUUUGGAUAGAAUGUAAUUGAUUGGUUUGUUACUUGGACUGACAAGGCAGUUAAUUUGCUUGCAUUUUUUUGCACUAAUCAGGAACAUUUGAUAUGUGCAUUGUUGGAAAAUACCGGAUAAAUGUCUUGUCAGAAUUGUCCUAUUAAGUAAUGUCUUUUUCCCCUGUGCUUCCUUGGCAAAUGAUGAUAUACAGUACUUGGAUUCAGUGAAGAGUGACAGAAGCCUAUGGGACUUAAAUGCUGUGUAUUCCUCUGUGGUGGUGGUGAAUGAAAACAGCAACGCUUUGCUAUCAGCCUGCUGCUCUUCUUUUACACAGUUUAAUAAGACUAUUCCUAUUUUUAAAAACUGCCUUAUACAUAGACAUUUAUUUAAAGGAUUGUUUCCUCUAAAUGUUGAGUACAGUGGCAAUGAGACAUGUAACACAGUUGAUACUUUUUAAUUUUGAAAUAAUAGACAUGCUACAGAAGAACUGAUAUUUUUUUUUUUUUUUUUUUUUUUUUUUUACUUAUUAGCAUGAACUAAUUGUUUCCACUUUCAUCCAUUCAAGUGUAAAGAAAUAUAGCUAUAUUCCUUUCUGGAUCACUGCAGAAGCAAUGAGGAAGACCUGAAUAUAUACAGGCCUUAUUUUAUUUGACUGACUUUUCCUGUGGUAUUCAGGUCAAGUUUCCUUUCCACCUACCCCCAUUUAAAUUAGAGAUUAUGUAAAUUGGGGGAGGAAUGAAGAACUGAUCUCAUAGCAUGCCAGCUGAAAGAUCUUUGUCUUCAUCCAUUUGUAUCCAGAUAGAUACACACAUAAUAUUUUGAUCUGCAAACUACAUUGAUCGAGUUCUUAAAUCUACAACUACACUAUAUUGACAUCACCAUCGUUUCAACUUGAACUUGCCAGGAGGUGGGGGGAGAACUCUGUUUAAGUAAAAUCAUAUUUAUAACAUUGCAACGUAUAAUCCUGGAAUUUCUUGGUACCUGGUGGGAUUUUUGUCAUCUAUUAUGAUAUAAUUCUAACUGAAAAAUGCUUUUAAACUUGAGAAAGCAAAAAGGGGGAUAAUAUGCUGUAUUAAGUCAGCCAAGAAACAUAUCAGUUGGUGUUUACUAACCUACAACUCGUAUCUUAAUUGGGCAUCAUGUGUUCGGAUAUAUUAAAUAAAAUUAACUUGAUGUAUAACAAGUUGUAUUAUUUAAAAAAAAAACACCUUAUCAAAUUAAGAUGUUAAGGCAUACAUACUUAAUAUUCUGUAAGACAUGUAACUUUCUCCUUGAGAUGAAGAAAUAUAUAUUCUGAGAGAGGUAAAUUUUCAAGUGCAAAAGUUUAUUUUCCAUAGGAGAGGACAGUUUUGAUGCUGCUAUUCUAGAAUUCUGAAAUACAAUUGACUAAAAAAAAUUAUAUCUAGCCACUAUGUUGAUAGGAAACAUUGUGCAAGAAGCUAGGUCCUAUUUGUUAUCUGGCUAGGAAUAACUAAUGAUUUUUAAAAUAUAUUUUACUAGAAAACCAAAGACGGUGUGACUUUUGGUCAGUAAUAACCUAGUGCUUUACUAGUUUUAGUCCUCAGUGCAGCUUUUAGGCUUUCCUUCUCCCUUGCAUUAGUUAGGAUAUCAUAUGAAACAGAGAAUGAUAGUUCUUGUUUUUAAGUUACUAUCCCAACUCUUCUGUUAUAUAGUAACCUUUUCAAUAUCUAAUAAAACAAAUGUAAUUCUCCAUUGUGCUACAGAUACCCAGGUGCUUGGCCCUGGGGUAACUGUUGGUCAAGUAGCUUUUACUCCAGCCAGGGUCAGAUCCAGAAGGUGUAUGGUGGGGUGGUUGCACCCCACUUUCAGAACAUACCAUGAGAGCUACAUCUGUGGACACGUUUGAGUCCACAAAUCAGGUAAGAAUCCCCCUGCUUCCGUUCCAUGUUUGGUGGCACUUCUUCCCUCCCCCUCCCAACACCUGUUGCUGUCACUGUCCCCAGCUGAUCCAGGGUAAAGUGAGCUCCAGAACUGUCCUGCUGCUUUAUUCCAGCUGGCUUGUGCAGGAAACCAGGAUCACCUGGGGACAGUAACAACAGCAAUAGCUGGUUCCUCCUCCCUGCCUGGUCCCUCCACGUAUACCCUACGAGAGCAGGGACAGGCUCUGGGAGGGGGCAAACUACACACUACCACCACCACUGUCCUUGGCUGAGCCCUGCCUCUGCCCCCCCCCCCCCCAAAUGCAUCCCAGCUGGAAUGAGGCAGGGACAGGAGUGAUUAUGGAACUUAGUCUACCCCCAGGUCAACCAGGGACAGCAACCAUGGCAAGUGCAGGAAACAGGAAGAGAAGGAAGGUACCACCAUGCAAGGAAUGGAAGGGAGGGGGUGCCAAGAGUGGGUGAGGGAAGAUUCUUACCUGAUUCUGGGAGGUUUAAAAAGUUCCUAUUCCUGCAGUGUGGUCUGCCUGUUUUGGUUUGGGAGUAAUAGGGGGAAGGUGGGAGCGGGUUUGCCACCACCCCUGCAGUGCUGGUUGCUGCUCCCAUACCCCUCUCUACAAAAUCCUGGAUCCUCCCAUGGCUACAACCAUUUUAUAAUUUGUAGACACUGAACUGAAAAGUGUAGUAAGGGAAACUAUACAUCAAGACAAUGUUGAACAUUUUCCAGCAAAAUCAGACCUAAAAGAUUGAAAACUUGUAAGAAAGAUACUUAAUGAUUUAUAAAAUACAAUUUUCUGAUACAUAUUCUGUAUUCUAGAAUAUGUAUCAGAAAAUACUAUAACAUGAAAGUGUGAAUGAGCAUUUGGAAAUAAGCAAACAUGAAAUAUUAGAGGGUUGAAUAAUAACGUGUUCUGCUUCGUUAGCAAAAUAAGCCCUGUGUAAAAUGUUAAACUCAUUUGCAGUAUCUUUAUCUUUCAUUCAGUGUGUUAUUUCAUUUGCCUUUUCCAUUAGAAAACUGGAUAAAAAUAUUGCAUGUUUCACCUUUUGAAAUGUAUUUUCCAGUGACCUAAUCCCUAGUGGACAUUCACAGUAAUCACUAAUAGCACCCAAUUCUGUACUGUUGUGUAGUAGUCUGAACUCCUGAAAAACCAAAGCUGCUGGAUUGACAUGAAUAUUAGAGGUCAUAAUUGGAAGAUAUCUCUAGGGAGGUUAGUACAGUGCAUGCUAAUUAUUUGUUUGCAACUAACAAAUGUUUCUACAUCCUAAUUGCAAUGGCUGUCCCCCAUCUACCAAAAAUAAACCUUCACUUUCCUCUGUCUCCAGCCCUUGAAAAGAAAAAAUAUUCUCUCUCUCUCUUACUUUGGUAUCAGUCUUUCUGGUACUCUUUUUUCAUAGAACUAGUGUAGGUGCGUAAGUAAAAAUAAUGUAAAAGCAUGAAAUAUACUGAGUUUGUAUAUGUGCUUUAUGCAAUCUAUAAUCUUAUAUAUAUGUUUGAGAGUUACGUAUACACUGUAGAUAUCUGUGUUUAAUUUACUUUGUGCAUGCAUUUACUGAAUAUAUGUAAUAUGUAUAGCAACAAAAAUGUAUUGCAGAGUUUAUGAAAUACCGUAACUGCUAUGAGAAAAGGUAGUGAGCACAUACUUUUGUUCUAGAAGAAUGCUGUUGUGCUACAUGUUUGUUGAAGUUUAUUUCUUGAAAGUAUUUAUACACUUUAUUUUGUAAAUAUUUUAAAUAGUUUAUUUUCUUUACAUUUGAUUUCUGAAGCAGACAAAAGAUUAUUCUCAAAUGACAGAGCUUAAAAGUAUUAUGUGAAGGCAGCCAGUAUAUAUCAAGAAGUUUAGUUUUGAAAGUUGGACAUAAACUCUGCUUCGGGUUGGUUGUUUUGUUGCUGGUUUUUCUUGUUUUUGGUUGAUGAAAUUGGCUAUCUAGAUAUCUGAAAGAGAUAUUUUCAUUUUCUUUUCCUCAUCUGUGGUAGAGAUCACUGAUCAUUAUAAGCUGCUUAGACACUGUGGUGAUAAGCACGUCUGAAAAAAGCUAGGAUGCAUUAAGUGCCUGAUCUGUGUGAAAUACUAGGCAGGCAGGCUUUGCUUGCUUUGUUCUAAAAUUACAGAAUUGCAUCUUCCUCCUUAGCAAUUUUAGAUGAUCUUGGUAUAUCAUGGAUCAUCUUUUUUUUUUUUUUUUAAUUGAAACAGAAUACAAUGAAAAAUCUACACAUGGAGCCUUAGUUUGAUGAAAUACCUGGCUUUCUUGAACACACAUUUACAAUGUGACCAUAACUGAAGGACUGGGGCUACAUACAGACAUUCAGUACCUACCAGAAAAAUCGCCAUUCUUCCAGCAGAAAACAAAAAUAUGCAGAUGUUCAUACUUUUUUUUUUUUAGAGCUCAGUUCAACUUAGGGGUGUGGAGGUGGCAAUAUAAAAGCCGGAGGGGCCAGGAGCUAGUUGCCAGUCUCAAGGAAAGCCUAAUUCCCAGCCCCUCCAACUUCCCUUUGAUCCCCCUCGCUGCUCAGCUUGAGCAACAGGAAUAGUGAUUUAAGAGUCAGAAGGGCUGGGAGCCUGGUGCGCAGAAGCUUUCCCCAGGCCUGGCUCAUGGCCCUGCCAGGUUCCCAUUGCCACCCAACUAAUUCAGAACAGAGCAGGACAAGGCAGCCUGCUGCUGUGCUGAUUUAUCUGAUUUACUGCUGUGCCCCUGCAGCAGGGCUGCUGCUGUGCCCCUGCAGCAGGGCUUCCAGAGCUUUGCCACCAUAGCUGAGCGCUGCCUUCCCUUUCCCUGAACUGCUUCCAAUCAGCCUGAAGUCGUGCAAGGAGCAGGUGCUGUUCUCCUGCAUGGGAAAACCAGAAGGGUUCCUACCACAGGAGAAUCUCCUUCCUCCUGUAAGCUUCCUGCGAAGCAGCUGAUUGGUGGGGUGGGGAUGCAUUCUGGCGCACAAACCCUCCCUGGCUCUCUGUGGCAGGUGCUGUUUUUCAGCGGCUACCAGCUGCUACUUGACAGCGUACCUCUUUCCUAGGUACAGGAGAGGCCAAGCUGUCAAUUAAUGGAGUGCCCUAAGGGUGGUGGGUGGCCUAGGGAGCAGCCCUCUAGUGUCCCCUAACUGGAGAGCUUGCUUGCAAACAUCUCCAGCCACAGGGUUGGAAGAAUAUCUGUAUAGUCCAGCUUCCAGGCUAUUUUCCUAUCAGAAAACAUUUCUUCCAGUAGAAGUGAAUGUACAGGUUAACAUUUUUCCAAAGCACUUAAGUACCAGUUUCAAAAACCACUUAGGCACUUUUGAGAAUUCUCCUUAUUUGUACUUAUUUUCCUGCUCACAUCUUGGCAUCUUGAAGGCAUGAGCCCGUUAGUCCUGGUCAGGGCAGGGACUGUCUCUUGCAUGUUUGCAUUGUGCCUGAAGCUCUGGACACAUUUGGGAUCCCAAGUUAAUGCUGUAGUACAAAGAAUUUUAAUAUUUUUGCAUUUAGUUCCCAAAUUUGAUCUAUAAUUUUUUUAAAAUACCAUGGGCCUUCCUGAUGAUUAUUUAUUUUACUUAAACAUGAAAAUGUUAGUUCCUACCAUAUUUAACAGUCAGUUUACAAUAAAUGUUCCUUUAUAAAUUAGUAAAUUUAAGGGCAGCCCCUCAGAGCCAGCUGGCCUCUAGCAAUUGCACAAAGGCUGCUUAAAAUUAUGCUGACAGCAGUGGUCCAUUAGGAUGGUUGUAUGAAUCAGACUGUAAGAUGUGUUGGCAACCCACUUUGUAUGCUUCUUAUAUUGUGGGGACAAAGAGAAUUGUAGCAGUCAGUGUAGAGCAAAUCAUUUUAGUUUUGCAACAUCAGGGGAUUCAGAUAAAUAAGGGAAAUCCAUAGAUAUCCAUUCAAGACAGAGAUCUUCCUGUCUAGUACAAAGGAGCCCAACCAGGUGCUAAAGAUCCAUGUAUAUAUUUUAGAUUGUGCUGUGCUUAAACGCCAGUUUAUCUUCCAUUUUUUUGUGCUGUUUGUUAAAUCUAUACAUUGAGUUACGAAAAUAGUUUUGUUGUAAUCCAUGAGGUUGAAUUGUACAAUUUAAAGUAUGUGAAAUAAAGAAAUCUUUCCAUUUUACUUUGGCACAAAUGCUUGGAGUGAGGGAUGAGGUGGGGUGGGGAAGGUGAGCUCUCCUAAGAACAGUAUAUCUUCUCAAUAUUCUGCGGUGAGAGUGUUUUAAUUUUUUUCUGCCACUCUUCCUUUAUGUAGGGAAAAUUAACACACCAGGUUUGGUUAUGCUGUCUAGCAAGUUCAGCCUUUUCACCUCUGGAUCCUGGCUUCAACUUCAGUUUCAAUUAAGAGAAAAAGAAAUAUGGCAGUUUAAUUUUAAUCACCUUUUGUACACUUCAUAAAUUUACCGUAGAUGUUCAUAGUUGUGUAGUACCGUUAUAUGGACAUGAUUUUGAUUGAUUUAUGUCCUUGGCAGGAUUGGCUGGACCCAGUACUUAGCUGCGGAGGUUUGCAUGGUAUUAAGAGCACCUUAAUAAGAAGUGGGAGCUAGCUCUGGUCGGUAGUGCCAGGUUCUAGUUAGGAGAGUGUGGCAGUUAUGUCCUCCUGAUGUUGGAUUAGCAGGCAUGUUGCACCUCUAAAUUUAGGGUUGCACAUUUCUGAUUCUGACUGCAUGUGUCCCCAACUCAGGCUAGCAAUCUGUUUGAUAGUUUAUUGUUUGUAAAAUUCUGUAUGGGAUCACUUGGAACUUUGCCGAAGGAAGGACUGUAUGAUAGAGUCCCCUAACUCAAUGGAUGAUUUGUUUUGUCAGAAGACAAGGUAGAUACGCACCUUUAUAGACUAAAUAAUAUCGAGAGAGAGCGCAAGCGAGCACAAGCAUUCGUAGACCCAUGUUCACUUCAUCAGAUUUGUGUCAGCAAAGUGCUAUGAAUCCUCUUCCUAUAAAAUAUAUUUUCUUUCUGAGCUAUUACAGUAAGCAGGGUGCCAGUAUGUAUAUCUUUUUUAAAUGAGCUGCAAUUUUAUAUUUUUUUUAACAUAGUACCUUUUGGCAUGGCAUUGCGAACAAUGUGCAGUGGUGUGUAUAUAAGUGAGAGAGAUUUUUCCACAGUCUCUGAAGCAUAUUUGUGAAGUUGUAUUUAAAGAUUAGCUUAUUAAUGUUGUGUUUCAGAGACCUGUAGGUAAUUACUUUUACCGCUAUAGAUGGGCACUGCUGUCUUAUGAAUGCAAAAUAGGGUUGUUUUUUUCACCGUGCCUGAGUCAGCUCUUUGUGAAUUUUCAUGAUAUAAAUGAUGGUGACUUGGAAAUAUGUCUGUGAUGGCCAUGCUUUGCCUCCACUUUUUUUUUAUAAAGGCACAGGUCUUUUUCCCUAGUGCUCCCUAUAAGACUUCUGCAGGCCAGCUGAUAAGACUCCCUCCUGCGCAGGUAGAUGCAAUGUAAUGAAAUUGGAUGUGCGUACUGGGCUUUGUAAAUAAAAUGAGAUUGACCCCCCUCCAGCCAUUAUCUCAUUUAUCUGAUUUACAUUGUAAAAUCAGGAUCUACACUAUUGAUUAGAGCAUAAUUAGUUAAUUAUGAACAGGAAAAUACAGAGUUAUGUGAGGCUAGAACACAGCAGGCUGUACUGCUGAAAAAAAUUCAAGGACAUGAGCAGAUGGAGAUCACUUUAUUAAAGAACAAAGCAGACAUGUUUCAGGUAUGGAAAUAGCUAAUCAACCUUUCUUGCUGUGAAGACAUGCUUGACCUCCAUUUUAUGCUUUCAUCUGAACAAUGUUUUCUUUCAUCUGUUGUUAGCAUUUUACUUGUUUAACUUAUUAACCUAACUACUACAAAUCUUGCCUGCCUUCCUCAGUUUAUCCACCUUUUUCAUAUAAAAGCAAGAAAUCAGGUUCCUACCUUCCUUUUUGGAACUGGGGACAGAGUACUUCCUAAUCCGGUAUAUGAUGUGACUUGAAAUGUAAGAGUGGCUGCAUCAACAGCAGAUAGGAAGAGCCCUGUUCUCCCCAGCACCACCUGGGGUGACAAGGAACAAUGGUAAUAAGCUGAUGGACAAUAGGUUUAGGUUAGAGAUCAGAAGGCAAUAUUUUUCAGUUAGGGCGGUCAAAAUCUGGAACCAACUUCCCAGGGAAGUGGUCCUCGCCCCUACCUUGGGCAAAUUCAAGAGGAGGUUGGACGAUCACCUGUCUGGGGUCUUGUGAACCCAGCAUUCAUUCCUGCCUAUGGCGUGGGGUCAGGCUAGAUGAUCUGUUCAGGUCCCUCCUGACCCUAGCUAGUAUGAAACUCUCUCUUUGGUUUUAGGCUAGUCUCAUUCUCCAAUUUGUUCUCAUCAAAGUUCAAAGGCAUAAAGAUGCCAGUCUACUUAACUGCCCCAAAGGUAAUCUAUCUGGACAUCUAAAUGGCAGAUAAAUCUCCCACAAAUAAUGUCAGGUUCAAAAUUAUACUCAUAAGCUAUGAGUGCAGAAACGAAGGCUGGGUUUGAAAAACUGGCCCUUUAUGUGUACCAUAAAGGUUUGAGCCAAAUUAGUAAGAUUAAAAAUAGAUAGAAUGGAGUAAUUUCUUCUGAUUUACUCUUUCCUAUGACACAAUUGCUAAUUUUUACAAUCCAAAGUACUUUGUGGGAGAGAGGGGUGAAUUUGGUAGCUCUAGGAAUUGAUGAUGCAGCAUGGCUGCUUUUAUCUAUCACUAUUUCAAAUACAGCUGGACCUCUUUAAUAUCCUAUGAAAAUCGCCAGCAAGGGAUUGCAGAGGAAAUAGUGGAUUAUAGAGCCACACAUGGUCUUAACUAUUAAAAAUACACAUUGUUAAACUUGUAGCAUACUUGUAGAACAGCAUCACAAUUUGUGCUAGUCAGCAUUUUUACCAACUUGACAGAAGACAAGAACUGACCUGUUCAUUUGCCUCUAGAAAACCUCUUUGUAGAUUGCAACUGAAGUGCAUGAUUCGGGGUGGGGAAGCCUGCCCUGUCAGUGUGCAGACUUUGUCUAAUCUACAAAUAUAAAUACUGUACAAUGCUGGGACUUUCAAUUUGGUACCUUUCACUGUCACCAGAUUAAUUACAUUUUAAUGAUUUGAAGUAAUUGUAUGGCUUUGAUUGUCCUGUUUUCUGGAUCUCUCAGUACAUCCUUACCACCUCUUGGCUGGGACUACAGAGCAGGAGAAAUGGUUCAUCUUGCAGAUCUUAAUAUGGACCUUGCUAGUUGCCAUUGUAACCUAACUGUCUGGCAUAAGGCCACUGAAAAUAUUUCCUCUGAAGCUGCUGCAAGUGCUAGACCAUAAUUCAGGAGAGGUGCAAUAAUUUUGUUUUCAGAGCUGAAAUAUAUGUGAGCUACCCUUUUCUCCAAGAAUUGUUCAGUCUUCUAUAUGUACUGCACAACAGUAAUGCCAGAGAGUUGGUUCAGCAUUAAAUGAUGGGUCCUGAAUUUUGUUGUUAGACAUUGUGCACCAGAAAUGUGUUCUGUGUCAUAGCAACUCACCAUAUUAACAGACACAGUUGUACAAGCCUACUAUGGUAGAAGGCAAUGGCAAAAUCCCUCUGAUUUUAUAGGAAUAAUAUAUAAAAUAGCUAUUUUAAUUGAUUUUUAGAUUACAUAGUGCAUUUGUCAUGUUGCUGUACUUCCCCCUCUUCCCUUCCCCACCCCUGGAUCACUCUAAAUUCCUUUGUUAAAAUCCCAGAUGUAGGUUCUACUGUACAGAAAUAAUUUUAUAAAAACAAUACAAAAGCAGUCUUUCAUGAUGGUAUAGAUCUGGGUUGUAUAAAGACACAGCACUGGAUACUUCUAACACAUUUUAUUUGUGGUUAUGUGAAUGUGGACUAAUGAUACAUGUACGUUCACCAGUUAUAUAUUUUAAAUAAAAGACAAAAAGCCUUAGUCUUUGGAAACUUCCAUAUACAAGUUUUUAAUUUGGUCUAUGAAUGAGAACUUUGUGCUCAGACAAAACAAAAUAUAUUUUUUAAAGUUAAUUGAAUACACAAACGAAACUUGGCUUUAAGGUCCUACAUCAUGCAUCUAUACUCAUAUUGUGUUGGUCAUUCAAUUCCAGUUUACAUAUACUUCUCAAAUACAUGUCUGAAAUGUGGCUUCAGGUGAAAUCAGAAAGUUGGGUAUUCUAGAAACAAAAAGGAAAUUUUAAAGUGUGGUUUUGAAAAGUAAAGAUUUUAUUUUUUUUAAGGGAAUAAUUUUGUUAAUUAUCUUUUUUUUCCAAGUGUUAAACUGGAGGUAAGUGCUUUGCUAACAGAUUCCACUGUAGAUUUUAGUGUAAAACUGAGUAUAACUAGUAUAUUUUAAAGUUGAAUUGAAAUGUAAUGUUUGAGGAUCUCUGAGCAUUUAAAAAAAGAAUGUGCUGUUAGAACAUUUGAGCGUAUGCUUUGCAGAAUAAGUUUCAAAACUUUGAAUUCAUAUUGGUUAGUAGUACUACAGCCCUUUUCAGAUGAAGAAUCCAAGGCAAAAGGCAGAUAAAUCACUUGCCUAAGGAUGCAAAAGUUAUUGAUAGGAAAAGGGUGCAGGAAUCCAGGCUCACAUCUCCUGCCCUGUCUCUUUUUUGUAGUCCUUGCCUAUGUAAGAACUUUUAAUUCUUUGUAUUUCUAGUUCUUCCUAGAAUAUUCACUUAGGAAAUGACAAUAACAUAUAAAGACAUCACUGACAAGUGUCUUGGAGGGUCAGAGAUUUCAUUCUUAACAUAUGGCUAUUAAAAAGUGGAGUCAACUCCAGUAUGUGCACCCUUAACAGAAAUGGUAGAGAAAUCUUUGUUUAGGUUACUAAAUACUGCCACAGACUGGUUAUUUGUUCAUGUGAAGAUUAUAGUUUAAAGACAAAGAAUGUGAAUGCUUUUCUUCUUAAUAAUGAUUGUAAAUUCUUUUUGUGUAAUCCUUUGUCCAUUAUGUGCUCUGUGUUCUGUUAAUAAUGCAUUAAAUAUUUUUAACCUUGGUGUGAUAAAGAAUGCACUGUACCUUUAUUUUAAUGUGUAUAUAAGGUGGCAUUCUGCAAGUUGAAGUCUGCUACAAUUUUAGACAUUUUUUUAAAUAUUUACUUUGUAAGUUUUAUUUUUGGAUUGCUUGCCUUUUGAGUUCUUAAUUCAAAUAUUUGAGACAACUAAAUCAAAUAGAGAGAAUCUGACAAAAUUAAUUUUAAAAAGCAUUCCCUUUUGUAUAAGAAGACAUAGGGCAAAUGCAACUAAAGUGAAGACAACUGCUUCAAUAAGAUAAAUGAAUGUUCACAAUCUGCUGUUAAAUUCUUUUUCCCUGUUGAGCAUAUUGCCUACUGUAAUUCUCGUUUCAUGAAACACUGUAGUAUAUCUACUCAAAUACUGUUUCAGUAGAUGGAGAAUGUCUGAGUAAAAAAUAGCUGUGAUAGAUAUUUCUGUCUGUUGUCUGAGCUACAUGUAGUAAAAAAUACUAUCAAAAGGCUUGUUAGUAAGCCCAAAAUUGUGGUUUUGUCAGUUAUAAUAAGGAAAAGAUGGCAACAACAUAUUUUUAAAUAAACCUUUUCUAAGUAGAAAAUCUAAUCCUUAAUGAAUAUUUGUGCAAACUUUUAUUUCUGCUAAUUCAUAAAAUUGUGAACUGUGUAUUAUUUGGUUUACUAAAUGUAUGAGGGGACAUUAUGAAGGUUUGGCCAAGAAAUGUGUAAUGUAAAAAGUGCUGUAACUUGGAAAGCAAACUCUGUAAAUUGUUGUUGCUUAUGCCAUGGAUUCUAUAAAACAACAAUGUAGCUGAAAGAAAAAUCCUGAAAAAUUUGCAAAUUGUCCUGCAAUAUUUUUCGUUGAUCAUAUGUUGUAGCAUUUGUUUGCAAAACUAUUAAAAUACAUAUUUUCAACAUCAAA